AUGUUUGGAACAAGUAGUACUUUUGGUACAAGGCAAAGUAGCCUAUUUUCAUCACCUGCAACUGCAAAUUCGAAUCAGUUAAAUGAUAUCGAAGUCCCAUCACCUCCAGAUGAUACAGUCGAAGCACUGAAAUUUAAUCCAAAACUUCCCGGCCAACCAGUUCUGCUUGCUUCGGGUAGCUGGGAUUCAGUGGUUCGUGUAUGGCAGAUCAGUGAGAAUGGUCAGUGUGAAGCAAAAGCACAACAAAAUUUUCCUGGGCCAGUUUUGGAUCUUGACUGGAUUGAUGAUGGCACCAAAAUUUUUAUUGCUAGUGCCGAUAAACAAGCACGCGUUUGGGAUCUUGCUUCCAAUCAAGUGGCUGUUGUAGGAACUGCAAUGGAUUUGCAGCAUGACGAGCCUAUUAGAAAGUGUCAUUGGAUAAAAGCAACGAAUUACAGCUGUUUAAUGACUGGUUCUUGGGAUAAGACUUUACGGUUUUGGGAUAUGCGACAAUUACCAACACAAACAUCUUUAGCCACAGUCCAACUGGGGGAGCGUGUGCAUUGUGGUGAUGUAUUAUUUCCCAUGGCCAUUGUUGGUCUGGCUAAUAAGCGGAUGAAGAUAUACAAAUUAGACAACGAACCAAGUGAGGUAAAGGAUAUUGAAACUCCAUUGAAGUACCAAAGCCGAUGUGUUACAAUUUUCAAGGAUAAAACAAGUGGAUUACCGACCGGAUUUGCUCUUGGUUCAAUUGAAGGUCGAGUAGCAAUACAGUAUGUAGAAUCUUCGAAUCCUAAAGAUAAUUUCACUUUUAAAUGUCACCGCUCUCCAGAAUUGGUUAAUGGUUUUCAAGAAAUUUACGCUGUGAAUGAUAUUACUUUUCAUCCAAAUUAUGGAACGUUAGCAACGGUUGGUUCUGAUGGUCGAAUAUCAUUUUGGGAUAAAGAUGCACGAACGAAGUUGAAAACAUCAGAUCCUUUACCAGCGCCUAUUACGAGGUCUUGCAUGCAUCAUUCUGGACAAAUGAUGGCUUAUGCUAUUGGUUAUGAUUGGAGUAAGGGACAUGAAGGAUUUAAUUCACAAGCUGCCGGAAGCAAAAUUUUUCUGCAUGCAUGUGAUGAGGAUUUUAAACCAAAACCGAAAAAAUGA